CGCUGCAACUUGUGCCAGAUGCUCAAUUGAAAAAGUGAAAAGGCGAAUUAAUUUGAAAGGUAAAAAAUAUCGUUCUACGCCAACUGUAUGCCUCAGCGCAAGAUCUCGCAGUUCGAUACAACUUUAUUGGUUUUAAAAAGAUGCGCAUUGUUUUAAUCAACAAGUCGCAUAAUCACUCGCGCGCGCAUUCGAAAAACGCGAGAGAAGAGAAAAAAGCGCACGCAACACGCUCCUGAACAAGUUUAUCGGGAAUCAGCGAGAGGAGGAGCGUAUAAAGCGAGCAUCGUCGCCUAGUUUCCCGGCAGAUUAGCAGAAAGUUUCGCGCGCGGGCGGCUAUGCUCGGAAACAGUGCUAUCUGCGCUCUGGCGGCCCUCGCUGCCUCGAUGUCUUUCGGGAUUGGCGGUGUGCUAUCCUUGUUCCUCGACGGCUCAUUGAAACUCGCGGGCGUCACCAAUGUAAAAACAAUGCAGCUGCUGAACCAACUGUGCAACGAGUCGCAAGACAAUAAGGCAAUGAAUCGCGAUGCGUGCUACGGCUGCUUCUUCCGAGCGGCCAGUCAUCAGUCCGGAUAUCCGCUCUUGCUCUCGAUGGCCAAUUGCGCCAAUAACUACUUGAACAACACAAACUACGGACACUGUACGCAGUAUCUCAGCAAUGCUACGACGGCUAUCAGCAACGGCGUGAAUCCAACUUUGGUGUACUGUUCGUUUCUCGAGUGCGUCAGGCAAGUCAAUAAAGACAAUCUGAGUACACCUACGGAAAUUCAACCACGAAUGUUAGCUUUAAGAAGUGCAGCUCCACUUUCACGCAUCUGGGCCGUCUCUCACAAAAGCAACGUUGUGUGUAUUAUUAAAGAAAUAAGUAUUGAAUCUAAUACUGUCAGACCUGGAGCCGAACCUAUAAAUCCAAGAAGUGGUGAUGCAUAGGAUAGAAAUGUGCUGGGAACUUUUGAUGUAUAUACUUUAUUGUUAGUGUAAAUAAUAGUUAUACGCGAGUGCGUUCUAGAAGCCGCUCGCCUGAUGCCCGGCUUUAGCGGCACGAGUCUGCACCUGGCCCAACUCUUCGUCAACACGACUGCGUGCGUCCUGGCAAAAACCCGAUGUUCCGAGCCCAAUCCUAUAACCGGCGCGUCUCGCGACGACUCAUGGAAGGUCGGCGCCUCCUUCAACACGCUCCUCGUCAAUUCUGACUACGACAUCAACAUUGUACGAUUGCCUUACGCCACACUAACCCCCGACGAAUGCCACAAGUACAGAAAUGUCGAAGUUGCCAGUUGGCCCACUGUACAGUGUUAAUUAUCGUGGUAUUCAAUGCGUGAGGCCAACUUCUUCUUGAAUUUGGCAAGAAUAAGAUCGGUAUUGCAAAAAUGGCAAAAAUAAGUGAAAUGGUUGUUUUGAAAAUGUAUAGCUAUAUAGAAUGUAUAUAUGAAUAUAAGAUUUAACUAUGAAGAAA